AGGUUAAAAGGGCAAGCACCCGCACAACACCAAGCUUCCUCUAAGAGGCUCAGACCCUCAUCACCAACUCCCCUCCAUCUCGCUCCCGGUCCUCACUCUCCUCUCCGCCUCCUCCCUCCUCUCCCUUUCGAAACCCCAUCUUCGUUGGCGUAGGGCUCGGGGGUUGGAGUUUGGGCUCGGGGGUUAGAGUUUGGAGGAAGCAUUCGUGAAGACUCUGUGGCGACUUCUCCAGAUCGGCAGAUCCGUCUUUCUGGGCGAUUUGGAGCGAAGCCCCCAAGUAGUUUGUUACAGAAAGCAGCGGCUUUUGCGUCGCUCCUGCGUCAGUGUACCUGUUGCGUUCGUCGUUCCUGGCCCCGGCCUUCGGAUCAUAUAUAUCCAGCUAGGAAAAGGGGCACUUUGCAUUUAUUCUUUGGCCCCUUCGGAGAUCGCCCUCGUCAAGAUUUGAUCAAUCUGUGGCCGUUGUUUCCAUCGGAGCUGUUGAGGUUUGUCUUCUUCUCGGCCGAAGACAUGGCGGCGGCGAACGGAGCUGCCGGUGCGGUGCUGUUCAGCGAGGAGGACCUGAGGGAGGUGAGUGGGGUGCGCUGGGGAGAGGACUUCGUGGAGGUGACGUGCGGAUGCACCAGCCACCGCUACGGCGACGCCGUCGGCCGCCUCCGCGUCUUUGCGUCAGGCGACCUGGAGAUCAACUGCGAGUGCACGCCCGGCUGCCGCGAAGACAAGAUGACACCUGCUGCCUUUGAGAAGCACUCCGGAAAGGAGACAGCUGGAAAGUGGAGGAACACCGUCUGGGUAAUGGUCCAGGGGGAAAAAGUGCCACUGUCAAAGACGGCUCUGCUCAAAUACUACUACCUGGCGCACAAGUCAGGCAACGGUUCUCACAAGGGCCGUAACGGACGUCCGUCCCACCGCGACGAGUUCAUCUGCUGCGCAGGAUGUGGCAAGGAGAGGAGGUUUCGGCUCCGGUCAAAGGAAGAGUGCCGUGUUUACCAUGACGCUCUUGCCAAAGCUAGCUGGACGUGUGCGGAUUUGACAACUGAUAGGGUCACCUGUGACGACGAGGAGGAGCGUGCAAGCCGCAAGGUCCUGCGGGGCUGCUCCCGCGCGCCGUCCUGCACGGGCUGCAUGAAGUGCGUGUGCUUCGGCUGCGAGACCUGCCGCUUCAAGGACUGCGACUGCCAGACCUGCGUUGACUUCUACCGCAACUCCAAGGAAUAAUAAAAACACAAGGAUCUAACGCCAUUGGUUCCAGCAGGAGUGCUCUCAACAACAAUGCCGAUGACUGUAGGGCAGGCCGCUAUUCUAUUCUAUUCUAAACAAUUCCAUUCGCCUACCAUUCUCCAUGGCUGGCUGGUGCUAUAGUAUCCGUCGAGCAGCGAUGGACGCCGGCCGAUUUUGCUACAGUGCAGUCUACCAAUGGUUCCCGACUUCCCGUUAAAACGCGCAUUGCUCACAUCAAGAUCUCUCUCGUAGUCGUGCAAGUGAAAAUGUUCGUUCGGUUGCUUUGAUGCGCACGUAGGACUGUAGGAGUAUAGUGCUACUCCUGUGUAUGUCCCCCGGUUUUUUAUUUGGUGGUAAAAGGAGCUCUGACAUGAGAGCAGACACAAAGAUUGACCUUUCUCCUGUAGACGACGCAGUAUGCUCGUCAGCUCGUCAGGAUGUAGGGCUAUAGUAGCUGUGUAGCUGUACUCUUUCCCUCCGUCCUUGUCCUGAACAAGUGCUCUCGUUGAUGUUUGUGUCAUUCAAUUAUUUUAAAUUUAUUAAUAACAUUUAUAUUGUAAA